AUGCCAUCGUAUGCCAAAUUUCUUAAGGAAAUUUUGUUAAAGAAAAGGAAGCUAGAAGACUAUGGAACAGUAGCUCUAACAGAGGAAUGCAGUGCCAUACUGCAAAACAAAUUGCCUCCAAAGUUGAAAGAUCCAGGAAGCUUCUCCAUACCCUAUCUCAUUGGUAACAAGAAAAUAGACAAUGCCCUCUGCGAUCUUGGGGCAAGCGUCAGUUUAAUGCCUCUAUCAAUAUGCAAAAAGCUGAAGAUUGGAGAACUGAAGCCCACAACAAUCUCCUUACAAUUGGCUGAUCGAUCUAUUAAAUAUCCUGUGGGCAUACUUGAGAACAUUCCUAUCAAAGUGGGAAAAUUCUUCAUUCCAGUGGACUUUGUUGUCCUUGAGAUGGAAGAAGAUGCUUAAAUUCCUAUCAUCCUAGACUUUUUGGCAAUUGCUAGAGCCAUCAUAGACGUCAAAAAUGGGCGACUAACUCUCAAGGUAGGAGAAGAAGAAGUG